AUGAGAUCUCAGAUAGAUAAGCUUGUUCAGAGCCUCGAUAAUGGUGAAGCGAAAGCUCCUUUGCGUGCUAGACCGGACCAAAUGGAGUUUGAUGAUGAUAAUGACGAAUCAGAUGAAGAUCAAGGUAAUGAGGAGGACAACAAGAAGCCGAAAAAAUAUGUUCCACCAAAGAUGAUGGCGGUUCGUUAUGAAGAGGAUGAAGAUGGGCAUGAAACGAAGGCUAUGGAAAAAGCGAAGAGGCGUGCGCUUCAAAGCAGUCUCGUUCAGGAACUUAGACAACAAUACAGCGAUGCUCCAGAGGAGUUCAGGGAAAAGAGUCAGCGAAGGUUCGAUGCCGACAGGGAGAGGGAGAAAUAUGAGGAGGAUCACUUUGUUCGUUUGCGGAUGAGCAAGGCCGAAAAGAAACGAGAGCAACGCUUAAAUCGCGACAAUGCCAUGGACGACUUGUUCAAUUUCGGCAACUACAUGAUGCGUGAUGAAUCUGGAGAGGCCCUCUCCACCAAUAAAAAAAGGAAGGGAGGACAUGCUGGUGGACCUAAAGGUAAAAAGUCACGAUUCGAGAGAAAGAAGAGCCAAAAAUCGAAGUUGAAAUCGAAGUUCAGGUCCGUAGGAGGCCGAUGUCCUUAUCGUGGACAGUUCCAACUUUUGAGCUGUGAUUCAUUACGGAACCUUUCCAGCCAACCCAGCAUGGCAGGCCAUUUUGAGGCCGAGCUUUGUCAAGUACUCAUCGAGGAGCACUUUGGCAAAACAGUGGCUCUUGUUGCGUCCACUCUACUUACGGAGCCUGGACCACUUCCCUCCAUUAUUUAUCGUCUCAAGGGUCAAGUGAAAUUUAACACGGGAGCAAGGUAUAUUUGUGGUGCUUGUCUCAUAGUGAAAACGCUAUACGGGGGACUAGCCGAGGCUAUAUGUGAAGAACUGUUCAGUUAUGGUCGACUCACUUGUUCAGACACAAUUCGUAAAGUGUCAGCUCGUUUAGAGCAACCUUUGGCUGAUGUGAAGGAGAAGUUCUGUCGACUGAGUGAGGCUCAGUUUGUCACAAGAUGUCCGCUGGUGGUUUCGUCGUUGAAAGGGUGCCCACAAUUCGAAAGCGCCUUUGAUCCAUUUAUUAUGCCGGAGGUUAUUCUGCAAGGCAAUUCAGGUGAGUUUUUCGACUUCAGGAACCCACAGACGAAUCAAGAAAGCGCAAAGCGCAGCAACCUGAGGGUGAUGUGGGUAUUUAUUGGCGAAUCAACUGCACCCGUUUUGAGCGUUACAUUUCGUGAGGAAAUGACCCUCGAAUUGUGGAGUACCAAAGUUUUGUUUAUGUGUCAGGGCUCAGCAGGAGAAUAUACCGCUCAUUGUUUAUCGCAGACGGUUCGAUCGCUUCUGAAAGCCAAUGAAGUUCGAGGUAUCACCGGUUGCGACAUAAUUCAACGCCGAUAUCGGAACAGGAUCGAACUUCGCACUUUUGUUUUCUCACAAUCAAGCUCACGAGUCAUCACUGGUCUAAUUGUUAUGUGGGUGAACAUGUGUCGUUUCUCGCUAACAAAAGCCACUUCUCUUUCUGAUUUGGAACGCGAAGUUCUGUUGAAGCUUUUUGAUAUGAUGCGGUGUGUGAAGGAAAACGAUCUUGGAGUGGAACGACCGGAUCUUGAGAAGUCGUUACGAAUCCUUGUCGAUGAUUCACAUGGUGUAGUUAGAAAGUCAGGAGACAGUGGUGGAGGACUGUAUAUAGUCGGUAUGUGGACCAUAAUCAAAGCUUUUCUUCUGCUAGAUAAGGAGUUCAGCAUUUUGAACGUGCUACUCAGCAAAUUUGUCAAUAUCACAUCGAAAUCGCUGAUUAGGGAACAGCUGGAGACAAGAGCAGUGCGCAUUUCCUGUCUCUCCAGCAAAAGGGCCAUCUUUGAGGAGGAUCAGAUUGAGAAGCUGACGAUGAUGAGCGGGAAAGAAACCCGUGAGCUUCUGUAUGCAAUGCUCGAGGAGGGAUACAUUCAAACAAAGCCAAUUGGUCGUACCAACGAUUUCGCACCGGCUCGAACUUUUGUACUAUAUUAUGUGGAUUUGCCACAGACUGUGCGAGGCCUUGUUGAGUAUACUUGCAAGAUGUUGCGCAAUAUAAUCUUACGUCGAGCGUAUGAGACGAAGGAAAAUCGCCUGCUAAUUGAGCGUCAAGUGAAGAUGGAGUCGAUUAUAGAAACGAUAAAUGCUGACGAAGCUCUGGAUGAGGAGACCAAAAAGCAACAG